UAUAAUAUCAAUUUUUCCUAAUCAAAAUAGUUUGAUGAACUAUAAAACUAAUCGUAUCUCUGUUGAGUAAUUAUUCAUGUGAAUAAUGUGAAAGUUUCCUACACUUUGCCAUGAAUAGUCUGGGGACUCACAUUUUGGAAACGUUUCUAACACUUGCAUGGUGACGAGUGUACACUUUGUGUUAACUUUGAAAUCAUUGGUCCAGCCUAACCAAUCACGUUGAUCAGGGAUUCCUAAUGUUACUUACUUACAGCAUCGGUAGUCAAGAAAUAAAGUAUGUAGGGCUACCUUUGCUAUUAAUUAAUGUACACAUUCUUCCGACUACAAUUUUUGAUGUUUGCAGGCGGUGCUACUACCGUUUACUACAGCCACUUUCGAUUUCAUCCCCUCUCAUCGCUGAUUGGCCCUACCUUUCUGGGGUAUGAUAGAAACAUUAGUUAAUUAUGGUGUUCCAGACUAGUAUCUCCUUGAAAGGAGAUAUUUGGCUUCUUUGGCAAUUAGAGGUUAUGAAACACCAACAUUUUUUUCUGUUGUUUAUGAUGACUGGGAACCUUGGUCAGAUGAAUUGUUAGAUAACCAGCUAGUUUUCUGUUAGCCCUUUUCAAGGAAUAUCCUGCUUCCAUUUGUAUUGGCAUUUUAAGUGCAUUUUAGUUGGCUGCUAUAGUUUUUACAGUUUUUCAACAGUUACACUUCAUGUCAAUUCAUGUGUGGUGGUAAUUUUGUGACCUUUCAGGAGUAGCUGCUGGAAGUUUAGGAAGUGCUGGCAGUGUCGUUAAAUCAGGAGGGACUGUGGCAGAAGCUAAAAGUUUUUAUACUGCUCCUUCACAACAGGGAACCAAGAGUCUUGAUGCAACAGCUCAGGCUUUGCUGGGGGCAAAAAGCCAAAGUUAUGUUUCUCAGCAGCAACAGGCCACUAAAGGGCUUAGUUCUGCCACUGGUACUCAGCUACAAGGAACCAAAACCGUUAGUCCUGCUAAUCCAUACGCUCAAGGAUCCAAAAGCUCUGGUUUUGCCACUUCACAACUGCAUGGAACAAGGAGUUUGGUCACUCCUCAGCAACAAGGAACUAAAACCCUUGACUCUGCCAAGACACAAUUUCAAGACGCCAAAAGUCUUGAUCUUGCCACAUCACAACUUCAAGGAGCCAAGAGUGUUGGGGCUUCUACUCCACAACUACAUGGAAUCAGAAGUCUUAGUCCCUCCAGUCCAUUUCCACAAGGAACCAAAACCUAUGGCUAUGGUGCUAAAGAAACUCAGGGAUCCACUUCUUCAUCUCAGGCCCAAGGUCCAGUUUCCCAGGAACCUGAUGGGACCCAAAGAAUAGUGUCUGUCGGUGCGCCCGAACAAGAGGGCAAAAGCUACUUCUCUACCUCCAGGGUGCAAAUGCACAGUAGUAAAAGUUAUAAUUUCGCGGCGUCCUCAGCAAAGUCAGCAUCUUCAGUGUCGUCAUACAGUGUCAAACAGGGCUCCAAAAGCCCUGUUGCUGCACCAGUGCAGGAAGGUUCCCUCAUCUCCUCAGUCACGCCUGAUGACACAGGCCCCUAUUAUGAUGACAUGACACAUGCGCUGGAUGGCACACGUUUGGGUCAAGGCAUGCUACAGGCGCAGGAUAGAAAAAGUCUGGCCACUGCAGCUGUCACGCCAGUAGAGACAGGCAAAACAGCCACCUCGUUCAACCCCCCGUUGGACGCGGCCCCCAUGGUCCCUGAGGUCGCCAGUAAAAGUAUCUGGUCAGCCGCGACACCAGCUCAAGCCGGAAAAAGUCUGGGCUCCCAGCCUCUGGAAGGGAAGAGCGUGGGCCCUCAGGUGCCUGGGCAGCAGGAAGGGAAAAGUCAGCAAGCAGCCGCACCAAACCUUGGAGGGUUUCUGCCGACAGAUCAGGGUAAUGGAGGUGGAGGUGCUUUGCCUUUUGGACAGGGGCAGAAGGGGAAUGGAUAUGGUCCAGCCCCGGCUAUUUCCAAUGGAAAUGGAGCCAAAGGCAAUGGGUAUGGCCCAGGUGCAGGACCCACCAAUGGACAGGGGCCUGUAAGCAAUGGAUAUGGGCCAGCACCAGCUGUUUCCAAUGGACAGGCACCUAUAAGCAACGGAUAUGGCCCUGGACCAGCAGUUUCCAAUGGACAGGGAGGCAAACCCUAUGGAGCUGGAGGGCCUGGUGGCCAGGGGGGAAAGCCUUCGAAGACUGGAUAUGGGCCAGCACCAGCUUUUUCCAAUGGACAGGCACCUAUAAGCAACGGAUAUGGCCCUGGACCAGCAGUUUCCAAUGGACAGGGAGGCAAACCCUAUGGAGCUGGAGGGCCUGGUGGCCAGGGGGGAAAGCCUUCGAAGACUGGUUAUGGACCUGGUGCAGCUUACCCUGGAGCUGUCGGCAAUGGCUAUGGAGGUUUGGGACAGGGUGGAUACCCCAUGGGGGGCCGUGGAGGCAAGCAAGUAGGUUACACUGAUGGCAUGGGAGGAUAUCCUGGCGCCGGCCUCGGUGACGGCAUGGGCCUUGGUCUUGGAGGACCAGGUGCAGGAGCCAAACCUCUGACUUCAGGUUAUGCUAAUGGAUACACCAAUGGUAAUGGCUAUAUGAAUGGAGCUGGUGGAUACCCAGUGUUAGCCGAUGGGGCAGGGAUGGGAAGCAAAGCAGGGAAGGGACCAGGUGGCGCUAGUAUGGGGCCUGCUGGUUCUCUGCCCUAUGGGGGCCAGCCUGUGGUCGCAGCUGGGCUGGGUGUUGACGGAAAGUCUGGAGGGUACGGAGCUGGCCCAGUGCCUUUGGGGCUUAGUCCUGAUGCCAGCCUGGGUGCAGGACUUGAACCUGUCAAUGGGAAAUUUGGUGGUAUGGGACAGCUUCCUUACAAUGGCGCCCCAGUCAUCCCAGCUGGGCUAGAGGGUGAUGGUGGGUAUCCAUAUGGCGCUGCUCAGCAACUUGGCUUGGGAGCUGAUGCAGGCAAAUCUGCCAGCAAAUAUGGGGAUGCUGGGGCAGCUCUUGGUGCCCAGCCCUCUCAGCCUGGACCACAGACUGGGGGCAAACCUAAAUGCAAAAAUGGAAAUGGCAGAGGAUAUGGAGGACCUCAGCCAGCAGCCUAUGCUGGGCCACUGGCAGCCAGCCAGGGUGGCUAUGGAGGCAAAGACGGAAACAAGUAUGGUAUGAACGGCUACUAUGGCAAUGGCUACAAAGGUUGAUUGACAAGGCCUCAGCAACAAGAAGUGAAUUUGUGUUGAUUCCCGCUUGUGUUCUCUGUGUUUGUGUUGAGCUGUUUUCUGUCAUGUGUCUUUAUGUGCUUUUAAUUCAUUUGUGUGUUGAUUUUUUUUGUUUUGUUUGUUUGUUUUUGUAAUUGUGGUGUUGUUUUUGUCUGACCAUCCUCCUUCUGUGUUGCCCCCUAAGUGUUGCGUGCCGUGUUGUCUCUGUAUCUUUGCUGAAUUUGACAUGAAGUCUGCUGUUUGAUGGUUUCUGCACAUGAAACACUAAACAGUUUUUUUUUUCACCCCAAA